CCACACGUAUAAUUCCUUGAGGAUCAGCUUUGUCUCCAGCCAAUGGCUUCCACAAGCUUGAACUUCCUCCAGCUCCAGACUCUCUCGCUCCGCCAUGUGCACAAUGCGCCACCUACCUCCUGCAAGGCGCACUCUCCUAAACCUGCGCCGCCCUCCCGCACCACCGCGCUACCAGGCCGGAGACAGUGGCUCCUCCUGCUGACGGCGGGGACGACGUUGAAGGCGGCGGAGUUGCCGUCGAGGGCGCAGGACAUUCCGCUAUUCGGACUGAGGAAGAAGCUGAAGAAGGUGGAGGAAGAGGCGGAGGAGGUAAUCAAGGAAGGGAUCGAGACGGCGGAGAAGGGAUUUGAGACGGCGGAGAAGGGAAUUGAAACGGUGGAGACCGAGAUAGAAUCGGCGUUGAGGUUCGGGGGGUUGGCGCAGGCAGGGGCGGUGGCGGGAGCGGAGUUUGUGGGGAUUUUGGUAGCUACUUCUGUGGUGAAUGGUAUUUUAGGACCCGAAGGUCAGAAAUCGUGAAGUGUGAUUGGUUUUUAUCUAAAUUUUUGUUCUCAAUUGAUAUGUUUAUGUAAACCUGGUUGUAAAAUUGUAAUAAUCACCGUAGCGUUGUGAAUUUGUGUUGUUGUUGAUUGAAGAAUUUGAUGUUUGUGCUGGAAUGUAAUAUGAUUAGGUGUGAGGGAUAAAAAAGAAAAAGAAAAGGAAAAAGGAUUGGAUGGCAAUAUUGAAUGUAAUUUAGGAGUUGUUAAUUAUCAUUCACCUCCUAAUACAAUGUUAAUUUUGUCAUUCACCUCCAAA